GAGAACACAAGUCCACUGCCCUCUCAUUUCGCCACACUCUUCCUACUUCUGGAAUUCUCUUUCUUCGAUUGGGCAGUCCUCUCAAGCGUACAACGAUGGGAUUGGGUCAGAUCGCUUCUAGGGCGCUUUGGCGGUCCGCCAGGCUCGCCGCCGUCAAUCCCCAUCAUCUAGUUCUCCGCCGCGCCGUUGUCUCAACGCCGGAGCUUCGCAACGCCGAAGCGGCGGCUGCCGAGGCCCAGCCCGAACCAGAUCUUCCCAAGAGGAAGCCUGUGGCCGGCGCUAGGGUUCAUUUCCCCAACCCGGACGACGCAAUCGAGGUGUUUGUCGAUGGGUACCCGGUCAAAAUCCCUAAAGGAAUGACUGUGCUCCAGGCCUGCGAAGUCGCCGGAGUUGAUAUCCCUAGGUUCUGCUACCACAGUCGUCUUUCGAUCGCCGGGAACUGCCGUAUGUGUCUUGUUGAGGUGGAAAAAUCUCCCAAGCCGGUCGCUUCCUGCGCCAUGCCCGCCCUCCCAGGAAUGAAGAUCAAGACUGAUACACCUAUUGCGAAAAAAGCAAGAGAAGGAGUGAUGGAGUUUUUGUUGAUGAACCAUCCAUUGGACUGCCCGAUUUGUGAUCAGGGUGGAGAGUGUGAUCUCCAGGAUCAGUCUAUGGCUUUUGGUUCUGAUCGAAGCCGUUUCACUGAAAUGAAGAGAUCGGUAGUGGAUAAGAACCUUGGCCCAUUGGUCAAGACUGUGAUGACUCGAUGCAUUCAGUGCACAAGGUGUGUGAGAUUCGCCACCGAAGUAGCUGGUGUUCAAGAUCUUGGCAUGUUGGGUCGUGGCAGUGGAGAGGAAAUUGGAACAUAUGUCGAGAAAGUUAUGACAAGUGAAUUAUCAGGGAAUGUAAUUGAUAUUUGUCCUGUGGGUGCUCUGACGUCAAAGCCUUUUGCCUUUAAAGCUCGUAACUGGGAGCUAAAGGGAACUGAAACCAUUGAUGUCACAGAUGCAGUUGGUUCUAACAUACGUGUUGAUAGCAGAGGUCCCGAGGUCAUGAGGGUAGUGCCACGGCUGAAUGAGGACAUCAAUGAAGAAUGGAUAUCAGACAAAACGCGUUUCUUCUAUGAUGGGCUGAAAAGGCAAAGGCUGAAUGAUCCAAUGAUUCGCAGUCCGGAUGGUCGCUUCAAGCCUGUGAACUGGCGGGAUGCACUUACAGCGGUAGCAGAGGUCAUCCUGCAAGUAAAACCGAGUGAAAUUGUUGGGGUUGCCGGUAAGCUGUCCGAUGCAGAAUCUAUGAUGGCGCUGAAGGAUUUCUUGAACAAGAUGGGUUCGAACAACAUCUGGUGCGAGGGAAAUGGCCCAAAUCCUAAUGCCGACCUGCGGUCUGGAUAUAUAAUGAACACAGGCAUCAGUGGGCUCGAGAAAGCAGAUGCUUUCCUCUUGGUUGGCACACAGCCGAGGGUUGAAGCUGCAAUGGUCAAUGCAAGAAUUCGGAAAACUGUUCGAGCCAACAAUGCAAAGGUCGGAUAUGUCGGCCCUACAGCUGAUUUCAACUACGAUCACGACCAUCUAGGCACAGGCGCAGAAACACUUACCGAACUCGCCGAGGGGCGCCAUCCAUUUUAUUCGACCCUAUCAAAUGCUAAAAACCCUGUCAUCAUUGUCGGGGCCGGAAUCUUCAGCCGGAAGGACAAGGAAGCAGUAUUCUCUAUCGUCGAGACCAUUUCCAAGAAAAUAAACGCCGUUCGUGCCGACUGGAACGGCCUAAAUGUCCUCCUGCUCAACGCCGCCCAAGCUGCCGCUCUCGACCUCGGCCUGGUACCCGAAAAUGAAAAUAGCAUUGAAUCCGCGAAGUUUGUCUAUCUCAUGGGUGCCGAUGACGAGAACUUGGACAAAAUCCCGGACGACGCCUUUGUGGUUUACCAAGGUCACCACGGCGACAAAGGCGUGUACCGUGCGAACGUAAUUUUGCCGGCGUCCGCGUUCACGGAGAAAGAAGGUACGUAUGCAAACACCGAGGGAUGCGCUCAAACUACGGUUCCUGCAGUCCCGACUGUCGGCGACGCCCGCGACGACUGGAAAAUCAUCCGGGCGCUGUCGGAGGUGGCGGGCGCGCCGCUGCCGUACAAUUCUCUGGGUGGGGUUCGAUCGCGGAUAAAGACUGUGGCGCCUAAUCUUGUUCAUUUCGACGAGAGGGAGCCGGCUGAAUUCUCGACUGCUUCGUUGAGACCGGAAGUCGCGGAAAAGCUGGAAAAUACACCUUUUGAGCGUGCCGUCGACAACUUCUACAUGACUGAUGCGAUCACGCGGGCUUCGAAGAUUAUGGCGCAGUGCAGCGCGGCGCUGUUGAAGAAGUAAUAAAAGGGGGUUCGACUUCGACUCCCCCGGACAAGGUACGGUUUUUAUACGACGUUUUAUUUUACCGGUGCCGUCUUUAGGAUUUGGUUUCUGAGGACUGGGGAAUGUACCUUUUGUGUUGCAAAUGAAGAAGAAGAUGAUGAUGAUGCCAUAGUAACAAAAUUUUUCAAAAAUUUUUUGGGAACUAUGGAAUGUGGCUGAUGUGUUCUUGUAAGUUUGAUGUGUCUGUUGUGAGAUCCCAACAGAUGAAGAUGAAGAUGAAGAUGAUAAUGGUAAUUUGUAUUUGUUUGUUUAUAGGGAUGAAUUUUGGGUAACCCUUCUUGAAUAAGAAACUAAAGUGUGCACCAUUUUAUUACAAUUUGGUUUUGAUUUUGUU